UCCAUGUUUUUAAAAGCCCCCUGCCUGCGUAGUUCUAAAAACGAGAAACAUUUCGGCACCGGCUUGGGAACAUAGACCCAUUGAUCGGGCCGGGCUCCAUCGGGAGAGGGGAGGUUAGGCCAGUUGUCUUCCAGCAAGUUAUACGAGUGGCGCGGGUACACGUGAAUUUCAGUUGCGCGGAAGUGGUUGCCGUUGUGUGCACGUAGGAUUGACGGAACAAAGUCAGGAUGUUAGCGAAACACGAGUCGGAAAUGAAGGCCCUGGCGGUUAAGCUGUUCGAGAUCAACGCCUUCAAGUUCGGCGACUUCAAGAUGAAGGUGGGGAUCAAUUCGCCCGUUUACUUCGAUCUCCGCGUGAUAGUCAGCUACCCUGACGUGUUGGACCAAUUAUCCAAUUUGUUGGUGGAGUACAUCAAGCAGAAGAAGCUGACUUGUGACCAUGUGUGCGGCGUGCCAUACACCGCGUUGCCCAUAGCAACCUUGAUCUCCAUCAAGAACUCCAAGCCCAUGCUCGUGCGCCGCAAGGAGGCGAAAGACUACGGGACGAGGAAAAUGAUUGAGGGCAAGUACAAUGCUGGGGACAAUUGUUUAAUAAUCGAGGACGUGGUCACGUCGGGCUCAAGUAUUCUGGACACAGUCAAGGACCUGCGGGCGGAGGGCAUAGCAGUCACGGAUGCUGUGGUGGUGGUGGAUCGCGAGCAGGGUGGCGCGGCGAACAUCGCAGAGAACUCGGUCCGCAUGCAUUCGCUUUUCACCCUUUCCUACCUGUUGAACGUCCUCCAGGAAGCUGGGAAAGUCGAGGAGGCAACAGUUCAAUCGGUGGCCAAGUACAUUGCAGGCUGCCAGAUCAGGAGCGACGGCACUUUCAUGAGCGACCAGCCGAAAAUAGUGAACGAGUUCUCCCGAACUAAAAUGAGAUUUGAAGCCCGGGCUGAUUUGGCAAAAGCAAAAAUCGCCAAAGAUUUAUUCAAACUGAUGGCAACAAAAAAGACAAAUUUGUGCAUAGCUGCAGACGUAACAAGCACUGAUGAGAUUCUAAAGAUCGCCGAAGUAUGUGGACCGCAUAUUUGUUUGUUAAAAACGCACGUGGAUAUUAUAGAAAAUUUCAACAUUUCCUUCGUACAAGCACUCAAAUCGCUCGCCGAAAAACAUAAUUUCCUAAUCAUGGAGGACAGAAAAUUUGCCGAUAUUGGCAAUACAACGGCUCUACAAUAUGCCAAUGGCAUAUACAAAAUCGCAGAAUGGGCAAACUUAGUAACAGUUCAUUCAUUACCUGGGCAGAGUAUAAUUCAAGGAAUCAAAUCGGUUGCUGCAAAUGUCGAGUCUCGUGGUGUGUUCCUUCUGACGGAAAUGUCAUCUCAAGGGAAUCUGAUUAACGACAAAUACAAAGAAGGAACUAUAAAGAUGGCAACUGAAGGAUUAGACACAGAUUUUAUAGCCGGUAUUGUUUGCCAAAGUGCUGAAUGUUUUGCCUUCCCCGGUCUAAUUCAACUGACGCCGGGCGUUAAGAUUGAUGAAGGAUCCGACAACUUGGGACAAAGGUACAACACGCCCGAGUUUGUAGUGAAAGAGAAGGGAGCUGAUAUUGGAGUGGUAGGACGGGGGAUUUUGAAUGCAAGCAGUAUUGAGAAAGCGGCUUCAUUGUAUCGAGAUCGACUUUGGUCAGCGUAUUGUGAUCGUGUUGGAUUAAGCGCAAAUUGAAUGUGUCCUUAUAAAGUAAUAUUCAAUUCAUUCGUUUCAUUUCGGUAUUUUUUUUCUUUAAUGUGAAAUCGAAAGAUUAUUUUAGUGGGAUUAUUUCUUAUAUUUUUUUGUAUUCGGAAUUUAAAUAACGGUUUUUGAAACCGUGAAUUUAGGGUAGGCUAAAAGCGAAGAAAAGACAUUCUUAAAAAUACAACAAUCUUGUUGAUUCUCAUCUAUUUUUUGAACUUUACCUCAAAUAAAUUCAAUUGAAAUUUAGUAAGUUAAA